GUUUGGGUGAGUGGCCACUUUAUAAGCAGCUCCUCUGGGGCCGACAUGGCAGUCUCUUUUGCCUCGCUGUGGUCACAGGAUGGAAAUCUUCAGGUGCCCCCUCAGCCACCUAAUCUCUCUAAUCCUUCUCCUGUUCUACUCAGAGGCUGCCUGCGGCCCCACUAAAAGAAGACUCUACAAGAUGCAAACCUUCAGAAUCUGGGACGUUAACCAGAAGGUCUUCUACCUGAGUAAUAACCAACUAGUCGCUGGGUACUUGCAAGCAGCAAACGCUAAAUUAGAAGAGAAGAUAUAUGUGGUACUCACUGAGUCUCCUGGUGGUAUGUUCCUGGGGAUCCACGAAGGGAAACUGUGGCUGGCCUGUGUCAAGUCUGGUGAGAAGAACACACUCCAGUUGGAGGAAGUUAACAUCACUGACGUGGGCAGGAACAAGGAAGAGGCCAAACGCUUCGCCUUCACCCGCUCACAGAAUGGCUCCAUCACCAGCUUCGAGUCAGCUGCCUACCCUGGCUGGUUCCUCUGCACAGAAUCUGAAGGAGACGGGCCCGUCAGUCUCACCAACGAGCCUGGAGAUACCACCCGGUUCUACUUCCAUGCAGAUCAAUAGUGCUGCCCACAUCUCCCCUUCACUCCACUUCUGGGUCCUGGAUGACUCUGGGAGCUACCUCUCCACCCUAGCUUGGGGUCCUCCUGCUAUCCUGUUGGGGGAUGGCUCACCCCUGGAAGAAGGUACAGACCCCUGGUAACUGACUUUGUCUCCAGCCUCCUCAGCUAAGGCAACCUCCAUGCUCCCUCCAGAAUAGUUUUUCUAAAAUGUAAACCAGAUCAUAACACUCCUCUGCCAAUAACCUUCGGUGUUACCUAUGCCUCCAGGAUGAAAUGCUAACUUCUUCACCUGAGCCCCAUCCACCUGCCCAGACUAGGCACCCUCCAUUCUUCUCCCCUCAACUCCUCCUCACCCACCAUGUGUUCACACCCCAGAUGCAUCUUGCCAUUCUCAGACCCCCACCAAGUGGCUCCCCGUCCCUGUGUUGCAAGUUGGUGCUAGUCCAUGAUGAAAUUUUGUAAGGGUCUAUGGCAAAAUGGAAAAUGAGGAUUUGGUGAUUUUUUUGGAAACUAACUGUAUUCACUAUGAAGGCGACUCCUUUAUUUGGGGAGUGUGUCCUUUCUGGGAAGACGUGGUAGUAGAGAAUGAAUAUGUCCUUGCAAUUUUGAAAUAAUGGGGAAAGUAGAUGGUAGCAUUUGUUUUCUCUCACUUGUUUUUGUAAUGUCACAUGUGUGAAAAUUAAAAGUAUGUGUACUAUGUUGGCCUCCUAAUUUUUUUGUUUCUGAAACGUCCCUGUAAGUCUGGGCCCUGCCAUCCAGGACCCUGAGCACCAUCACCUCUCGGGGCCUUUGCAGCUGCCGGGAACGCCUAUCUCUCCCCAUGUUUGGCCUCCUAAACUUCACCAGCUUCCCAGGCCCAGCACAUAUGUGAAUCCCCAGGAGCCCUUUGCUGAAGGCCCAAGAGGGAUGAGUUGCUUCUUGACCAUCUUUGUACUUCUGAGACUUGUAUGAAAAGUGGUCAUGCCUCUGUCUCCCUCUUCAGACUGUGAGCUCCUGAGGACGCAGUGCUCCUUAUGUGUCUGAGGUCCUGCAGGGCGAGCACACAGCCUGGCCCUUAGUAGGCGCUCAGUAAAUGUGUCUUGUGUGGAUUGAGUGGAAGUUUUCCUAUUCCCUGUGAUUUUACCUUGUUUUAUAAUAAAACUUUGAAACCUCACCUACUUGGUUUGCUGUGUCCACAGCCUCGCUGGGCCUGGGACACAGAAAGCUGGGGAGAUGGUGAGGCCUGCUGCCCUUUCCCACCUGGGGCCUGGGCCUGGACCUCGCUGUUUUUCCUCUGAGAGUCCUUUCCCUUCUAGGGCCUCAGUCUCCAUAGAUAACAUGGGGGGAGGGCUCCCUGCCAAGAAUGUGUGAAACCACCUUGUUCACAAUAGCCCACAUUAGGAAACACCCCACUUAUCCACCAGCAGAACAAUGAAUGUAUAAAUUGUGCUGUUCAUACAAUGGAACACUUCACAGCCAAGAAAAUGAAUAAGCCCCAGCCAGCUGCACCCAACGAAAUGGAUGACUCUUACCAACAGAACAUGGGGAAAAGCACACGUAUACAAUGCUCCCAUUUGUACAGAGUUCACAGCAGGGACCUGGAGCUGUUCUGUGGCGGGAUGCAGGGACAGGUGGUAUGAACCGAAAGAGAGGCAAGGAUGUGCUGUCCCUGAAAGUCGGGGUAGCAGCUGAUUCCCGGGAGAAGGGUUCCAGGGUGUGAGAAGUACUACCUUAAAGGGAAGCACUGAUGUGGUGUUAAAAUGCUCUGAUAAUUCUAAACCCAAUGCAAUGCAUCAUUUGCCCUAUGAUGCAGCCCAAGUACCUAGGUCAAUGCCUGGCAUAUACCAGGUGCUCAAUAAAUAUUUGGUGAAUGAAUGAAUUGGUAUCUGAUAUAUUAAUAGAGAAGGAAACCUGGUGGCACAGUGCUCAAGAGCUCAGCUGCUAACCAAAAGGUCGGCAGUUCAAUCAAAUCCGCCACCCACUCCUUGGAAACCCUACUGGGCAGUUCUACUCUGUCCUACAGGGUCACUAGAGGGUUGCUAUUAGUUGGAAUCAACUUGAUGGCAACAGGUUUUUUAAUAGAGAUUAAUUUAUUGGAUUGACCAGCAAGUUUGAGAAGACAGGGGACUAGAUAAGAAAGUUUUGAAGGACUCCCAGAAGAAGGGAAAGGCCAGCCCUAAGUAGCAUUUCAGACUGAGGCUUUUUAUGAUUAGGGGACAGUGUGAAGAUGCCUGGAGGAGUGAGGGGCUCAGGUGGAGAAGAAAGCACAGAGAAAGAAGAUGGGGAAGCAAG